UAGUAAUUAAUGUGAAAGAAGGCUACCGUCAAGGGGGAGACUGGCAGCACGUUCAGGGGAAGUGGAUGGGGGGGAAAUUUGGCGGACAGUUCAAUAAUGAUCGAAUACUGCGGGACGUCCAGAAAAGUUCGCGAUGUGGCCCGAGCUUAAAAGCUGCCGCAGACCGCCUGCAACUGCUUCCCUCCUCCAACCAGCAUUCCCUCCCAUUCCUUUCCACAACUCUCUCAAUUCAUAUUUAAUUCUCUCGGAAUGGCGGCAGAAGACGAGAAGUCGCAGCCUUUAUCCAAUAAAAGACCGCACUCUGCGGUGGACGGCAAUGAGGAUGACGGUGACGACUCUUCCUCCGACGAUGACUUCGGUCCAGCUCUCCCGUCCGCAGAUGCGCCGAAGAAGAAGCGGCGCAAGCUCCCCUUCGAGAAAGUCUACGUGAAUGCGCUGCCCGCAUCGCCGCGGUACUCCAAGUCGCUCAUGCACAAGGAUCAAUUGUCCUUUGUGACAAUAACACCGCACACGGACUUUCUCAUUACGUCGUCUAUUGAUGGUUUUGUGAAGUUCUGGAAGAAGAUGGCGGUUAGUGUUGAGUUCGUGAAGGAGUUCCGUGCCCAUAAUGGCGAAGUGAGGGGCGUCAGUGUCAGCGCGGACGGUAGGAGCUUUGCGACAAUUGGGGCCGACAAGACAGUGAAGCUGUUUGAUGUCAUUACAUUCGACUUGCUCUCCAUGCUCACGCUCGAGUUCACCCCCCGAUGUGUCUGCUGGGUCCAUCGCCGAGGCGCCUCAUUACCACUGCUGGCAGUGACCGACGAAGGCAGCAGUACGAUCCAAAUAUUCGACGGCCGUGGCGAGAACCCCAACCCCCUCCACACCGUGAAGUCCAUCCACCGGAACCCGGUAGCUGCAAUCGCCUUCAACGAUGCGUACGACUGCGUCGUCUCCGCCGACGAGUCUGGCAUGAUCGAGUACUGGCGCGCGGGGGAUUUCUCCUUCGAAAAGCCCGACAACGUCUUCGAACUAAAGUCAUCCACCAACCUCUUCGAAUUCAAAAAGUCCAAAUCCACCCCAACAUCCAUAACAAUCUCCCCCUCCGGCGAACAAUUCGCCGCCUUCUCCUUCCCAGAUCGCCAGGUCCGAGUCUUCGACUUCGCCACAGGCAAGCUCUACCGCAAAUACGACGAAUCCCUCUCCACAAUAACCGAUAUGCAACAGGCCGGCACAGCAAUCCACCAACUGGACGAGCUCGAAUUCGGCCGCCGCCUCGCUGUCGAACGUGAGCUCGAAAACCCCAUCACCCAACCCAAAAUCAACGUCAUCUUCGACGAAUCCGGCCACUUCAUCCUUUACGGCUCCCUCUACGGCACAAAAUGCAUAAACACCUAUACCAACCGCGUCGUGCGCGUCUACGGCAAAGACGAGCCCUUCCGCUCUCUCAACCUAGCGAUGUACCAAGGCCAACCGCAAAAGAAAGGUCUCGUAACAGUCUCCAUGGCCGCAAGCUCUAACCCCCUCCUGCAAGAAGCCGAAGAGCGCGACCCCAUCCUCGUCAGCACAGGCUUCGCCAAAGUGCGCUUCUAUCUCUUCACCAACGAAACCGAGAUCUCCAAAUCCUCUCGCGACAUCCAGAACGAGAAACCCACCCAGACAACCACCGGCCGGGAAUCCGCCGAGAAGAAAGCAAACGAGCUCGGCACCUCCGCCAUCCUGCACACCACCAUGGGCGAUAUCCAUCUCCGACUGUUCCCGUCCGCUGCGCCCAAGGCCGUCGAGAACUUCGUCACCCAUUCCCGCAACGGUUACUAUAAUAAUACCAUUUUCCACCGUGUGAUCCGCAAGUUCAUGAUCCAGGGUGGAGACCCGUUGGGCGACGGGACUGGCGGCGAGUCGAUCUGGGGCGGCGAGUUCGAGGACGAGUUCUCCAGUUUGAAGCACGAUAAGCCGUAUACUUUGUCCAUGGCUAAUGCUGGCCCGAAUACCAAUGGGAGUCAGUUCUUUAUUACGACGGAGAAGACGCCGUGGCUGGAUAACAAGCAUACUGUUUUCGGGCGAGCCGUGCAGGGGUUAGAUGUCGUGCAUAAGAUCGAGAAUACGAAGACGUUUAAGGAGAAGCCUGAGCAGGAUAUCAAGAUUGUGAGUAUCACUGUGUCUUGAUUUUGGGAGUUUUGAUGCUUUGCCAUGGUAGCGCACUAUUGUUUUCUUUCUGUUUCAAGAAAUUAUAUAUCUCAGAUAUACUUAUGAGAC